UGGUUAACAGUCAAAUAUGUCAACUGUCAACUGUAAAAAAAAGUACUCUUUUCAUUUCCAAUAGUCCCUUCGUUAAAUUGAAAAGUAAAAAGGGAUAGCUAUUGGUGAUGAUUGAAAAUGUUCUGAAAACGAAAAUAUCAAUUUAUAUUCAUUUUCUAUAAAUCUUAAUGUUUCUCAUGCGGGAAAGUGAAAUUUAACUGUUUCAGGAUAGAAUAAUAUCUGAAAAAUGUCUAACACCGCUUUUACAAAAAAUGAAAUAUUCGGUCUUGUGGUGAGAUUAACCUUGGUUUCGGCUGUUACUUUCUUUAGUAUCAAGUGGAUAAUGAACCAAGUGGAUCCGACUAAUAAAAGCAAGAAAAAGGCUAAACAGACAGCAAAGGAACAGCUAAAAAGAUUGACCAGUACCGGAAAUGCUCCGCUAAAGAUUGAUAAACUCAAUGAUUACGAAAUGAUGAUAGCAGCCCAUUUAGUUCACCCGCAAGACAUCACAGUCACAUGGGAAAGCAUUGCAGGGCUGGAGGACCUUAUCCAGGAACUGAGGGAAACCGUCAUACUGCCCAUUCAGAAGAAGGAGCUGUUUGCUUACUCACAACUCACGAGUGCUCCGAAAGGCGUUUUACUACAUGGACCACCUGGAUGCGGCAAAACUCUCAUUGCCAAAGCCACCGCACGAGAAGCUGGUACUCGCUUCAUAAAUCUAGAUCUGUCCAUACUGACAGACAAAUGGUAUGGUGAAAGUCAAAAAUUGGCAUCAGCCGUUUUCACUCUAGCCGUCAAACUUCAACCCUGUAUCAUAUUUAUUGAUGAAAUUGACUCCUUUCUGAGAGCUCGUAAUAGCUCCGACCACGAAGCAACUGCCAUGAUGAAAGCUCAGUUUAUGUCUCUCUGGGAUGGACUUAUCACAGAUUCCAAUUGCACGGUAAUUAUAAUGGGGGCUACCAAUAGGCCUCAGGAUUUGGAUAGGGCUAUUUUGAGAAGAAUGCCGGCUACGUUUCAUGUACCCAUGCCUAAUCUUGGACAACGCAGAGAAAUUAUAAGAUUGAUCCUUGAAAACGAACCGAUAGCAGAGGAUGUGAACUAUGAUGAAUUAGCCACUAUCACAAAUGGCUUUUCCGGCUCAGACUUGAGGGAGCUGUGUCGAAACGCUUCAGUAUACAGAGUGAGAGACUAUGUGCGGGACCACUUUGAACAUGCCUAUCCAAACACAAGCCAGAACGAGUCUGAAGAGAAAUUCUAUGAUACUCUUCGGCCCAUUACGAUGGCGGAUUUGAAAUAUUCGUAUAACAAAAUGAGGGAUAGCAAAGUUCAGUGCAAUACCUUGUCCUUACAGACUAGAAUAGAUCUGGAUUAGAGAGACAAUUUUUCAAUAAUAGACUCCUUGUGUAAAUGGUACCUGGUUAUUAACUGUUUUCAGUUAAGCUCUAGGACAUGCAUAACUCUUAAGACUUGUAGCUGUUGGUAGGCCUGUUUUGAAUGUAAUGAAUAAAAAGUAAAACCCACAA